AUGGCGGGCCGCUUCGUUCGCUCCUCCAAAUAUCGGCACGUGUUCGGCCGCUCGACUCGAAAGGAACAAUGCUAUGACAAUGUGAGGGUUUCGAAGAACGCCUGGGACACUAACUUGAUCAAGGCCAAUCCAGAAUACCUUUCAGUCAAUUGGGAUAGCAGUGGCGGUGGGGCUUUUGCUGUCAUUCCGGUCAAUGAACGAGGUCGAUUACCCGAGAGAAUACCGCUCUUCCGAGGGCAUACUGCUGUUGUAUUAGACACAGACUGGAAUCCUUUCCAUGACUCGUUGAUCGCGUCGGGUUCCGAUGAUGGCAAGGUAUUCCUAUGGAGGGUACCAGAAGGUUUUACUCUCCACCUGGACACCCCUGCGGACGAAAUCGAGGACAUUGCUCCUGUCGGCAAGCUCAGCGGUCACCCUAAAAAAGUAGGACACGUGCUCUUCAAUCCCGCCGCCGAAAAUGUUCUCGCAUCAUCUGCAGGAGACUUUACGGUCAAGCUAUGGGACAUUGAAGCUGGUUCACCCAAACUCGCCCUGAAAGUCGGUGACAUCAUCCAAUCCCUGUCAUGGAGCGCGAAUGGAUCUCUACUGGUCACCACCUCUCGAGACAAGAAAUUGAGAAUAUGGGACACGAGACAAGAGAAGCCAGCACAUGAAGUUCCUGGUCAUGCGGGCGCAAAGAACAGCAGAGCGGUGUGGAUGGGAGAGCUCGAUCGAGUUGCUACGACCGGGUUCUCCCGAAUGAGUGACCGUCAACUUGCCCUUUGGGAUAUCAAAGCUCCUCAACAACCGGUGGAUGGCUUUCAGAUGCUUGAUUCCAUAUCUGGAGUCUGCAUGCCAUUCUGGGAUGACGGUACGCAAUGUCUGUACCUGGCCGGUAAAGGCGAUGGCAACAUCCGAUACUAUGAAUACGAGCAUGACAAGUUCGAGUAUUUGUCCGAGUACAAAUCCUCCGACCCGCAGCGUGGCGUUGCCUUUAUUCCGAAAAGAGGAGUAAACAUGCAUGAGAACGAAGUCAUGCGCGCCUAUAAGACUGUCAACGACAAUUAUAUCGAACCUAUCUCAUUCAUUGUACCUCGAAGGGCUGAAACUUUCCAAGAAGAUAUCUACCCACCUACCGUGGGAUUGAAACCCGCUAUGAGCAGCCGGGAAUGGUUUGAGGGGGCCGAGGGAUUGCCGCCCAAGAUCUCCCUGGAGAGCCUAUAUGACGGAACUGGGGUGAGAGAGAUAUCUGCUGACGAUGCCAAACCUAUGAAGAAGGCUCCCGAGCUGGUCAAAGCACCUGAACCGAAGAAAGAAGUCGCUGAACCUUCCCCGGCCCUAACCUCACCGGCAGUGCGAUCUCCACCCCCAUCCAUGAAGGAGCAAGGUGCUACUAUGAUCACUGCUGCCGCCAAAUUCCAGGACACUGAGCCCGCAGAAGACGAAGGAGAUGACGGGUCUAGCUUUGAGGAAGUGCAGAGGCCGAUGGAACGGACAUCUGCUAUCAAGCCCGCUGUCUCGGAAGUGAAGAAAGAAGAACCAGUUCCACCUGCGAGCCAGGUAUGGGAAGACGCCGAGACUCCUGAAACAAAGACCAACCCCGAACCCAUUCCAGAAACGACUGUCGACGAAGAGCCCGUUAGCGAGACAGGUGGUGCUACAAAUGAAUCGAUGGAGAGGGAGAUCAAAAACAUGAAAGCCAUGAUGGCGCAACAAUCACAGCAGUUAAGUAGUUUGACCAAGACUCUGACAGAACUGGUAGUGGAAGUGAAAGCUCUGAAAGAUUGCGUCUUCACAAUCAUGACGGGCGCCACGAACAUAGCAGAUCUGCCGGCAGACAAUCUGGAGAAGAAAAAUGUAAUUUCUCAACCUGCCGACAUCGAAAGCGCACCGAAAGAUGAGGAUCCUCUCGCCCUCUUGGAGAAGAUUCGAACCAGUGACGACGCCCAUCCAAUCCGCUGGCCUUGGUGGAAGAAAUGGUCCAUCGUCUGCGUCUACUGCCUUUUACAGAUCUUCGUCACUUUGACUUCCACCACUUAUGUUUCCGUUGAAUUCUUGAUCAUGGAAAAAUGGACUUCCCAGACUCAAGUCGCGACAUUGGGUCAGUCCAUGUUCAUCGUGGGUACAGCUGUUGGGCCAGCAUUUCUAGGACCACUUUCUGACAUUGGUGGACGGAAGUGGGUCUACGUGAUAUCCAUCCUCCUUUACGCGAUUCUCAAUAUCGGCGCCGCGCUCGCAUAUAAUCUGCCCAUGUUAAUUAUUUUCUGCUUCCUCAUCGGAGUUGCAGGAUCAAGUGCAUUGAAUAAUGUCGCCGGCACAAUUUCAGACCUCUUUGGGGACGCGGACGAUGCAGCUCAACCCAUGGCACUCUUCGUUCUGAGCGCCAACUUUGGCCCGAGUUUGGGGUCCCCCGUUGGUGAAUGGAUUGGCGAGAACGAAAGUCUCGGUUGGCGAUGGAUUUUCUAUAUCAACAUCAUCAUAGGAGGCACGUUUGCUUUCUUCCUCUGUUUCGUGCCCGAAACACUGCCCCGAAUCGUUAUUGCCAAUGCGGUGAAAAGACGAGGUAGUGUUGAUCAAAAUGCCGUUGACAUUGCUCUCGGAUCGAGCAGAUUGUCGGUUAUGAGGGAACUUAAGUUUGUGACGACAAUGGCACUGAAAAUCAUGGUCACAGAACCAAUCGUGAUAUCCCUUGGACUAUACAAUGGAUUCGCCUAUGGCUUGCUCUUCCUCUAUCUCGACGGCGUGUUUGGUGUGUUUGUCGUCAAUAAUGGACUCAGCUACAUUGGCGCCUCGCUCACCUAUCUCAAUUUCUGUGUUGGUGUGACCGUAACAUUUUGCUUCGUUCCUGUACAAACCUACCUCUUCCGUCGCGAUAGACUUAGGCACGGUCGCCAACGACCAGAAGCUCGAUUCUUGACCUCACUUGUUACGGUGUGGCUUUUCCCGGCAUCUUUAUUCUGGUUCGCGUGGACCUGUGAUGGCUCCACCUCAUACUGGUCCCCCGUCGUAGCAGGAGGUGUCCUCGGUUUCUGCGAUCCCCUGCUCUGGCUGGCGAUGCUCAAUUACAUCACCGAUUCGUACCCCAACGUCGCUGCGAGCGCCAUCGCCGCUUUCCUGAUCCCCAGUUUCUUGAUUGCUGCUGGAUGCGCGCAUGCGGGUGUCGCCAUGUUCGAGAAUAUGGAUGUGAAAUGGGCAUUUGCAACGUUGGGUUUCAUCAGCAUUGGAUUGGUGGUGCUGGUGUAUGUCUUGUUCUUUUUCGGCCCGACGCUGAGACGGUGGAGUAAAUUGGCGAGAACUUUUUGA